AUGAAACGAAGUAGAGGUAAUCCAUUUCAGGUAUUGUUUCGAGCAACUGAUAACAGUUCCCAGUUUGAGGUGCUGUUCCCGUUCAAAUGUGGUGAUUAUGAGCCUAGCUACAUGGAGGUGCAUGAACUGAAUGGUGAUCCGCUAAAACAAAAUGGUUCACUUCAAAUCGGUUUCACCUUAAAUAUUUCCAUAUUUCACCGACGAAAAAAGCAUCUGAGUGAAUGUUGGAUCGAAGGUAACGCUCAGCACGGUGGUGGACGACGUCGGAAAUAUUUUCUGCGAGGUGGUUAUUCGGAACUCGACGAGUUUGGAGAAGAAAAAUGUCAUGUUGAAGAAUUGGAGGAUGAUCAGCAUACGGUAACAGUUCACGAUAGAAAUAACGGCAGUUUGUAUGAACGACGAACGACGAAGCGAUUCGAAGUAUCGUUAAGAGUUGGCUGGAGUGUGCUGCCCGAAGGACGACCCGACCCAUUCCAAGCGAUCACCAUAUAUCCGUUGUUCAUUAAUUGUGAACUGAGCGAUUCACGUUCUUCACCGGUAUCUCCUAACUGUACUUCAUGA